GACAAAAGCCUUCGUACCCACAAUUGCAGGAUAAGGUUAUAUGCCUCAAACCUCAGGAUUGAAGAGAAAUAUCCCCCUCAGGCAGUGCCCCUGUCAUAAGCCAACAAGCGUUAGUUCCAGUAUUAAGUUUAUUCUAUCAAGAAGAAGCAAAUAAUUAACUGGUUAUGGAAUUUACCAGUAAAUCGAUUUCAGUAGCCGUUAUUCUAGUGCUAUCUUGUUUUCAUUCAGAUUUUGGCACAGCCAUAGACACAAUCACAGCUUCUCAUCCUAUCAGAGAUCCUGAAACAAUCAUCUCUGCUGGUAACAACUUCAAAUUGGGAUUUUUUAGCCCUCCAAAUUCAACAAAGCGCUAUUUAGGAAUUUGGUACAAUCUCAAAACUGAAAUUAUCGUAUGGGUAGCAAACAGAGAUAAUCCACUCAAUGAUUCAUCCGGGGUUUUUACCAUAUCUGAUGAUGGUAAUCUUGCUGUAUUGAAUGGCCAGAAAGAGGUUCUUUGGUCAUCAAAUCUUCAAACUUCGGUUGCUAAUGCAAGUGCUCAGCUUUUAGAUUCUGGAAAUCUUGUGUUGAAUAAAAGCAAUAAUGGAGAAAAAAUAUGGGAGACUUUCCGAGAACCUUCCGACAAGCUAUUGACGAAUAUGAAACUUACUGUUAAUGUACAAACAGGUGAGAAAGUGCAGAUGAUAUCAUGGAAGAGUCCUUCUGAUCCAUCCAACGGAAGCUUCUCAUGUGGCCUCCAUAUUUCAAACAUUCCCGAAAUCUUCAUUUGGAAUGAAACUAGACCCUAUUGGCGGACAGGUCCAUGGAAUGGUCGAAUCUUUACUGGAAUUGAGGGCAUGAAUUCUGUUUAUCUUAGUGGGUUUAAACUUGAACCAGACGACCAAAAAGGAAUUUAUUAUUUCAGUUUCUCGUUUCCAAGCAAUCCUUUAUCAUACUACGUCUUGAAUUCAGAAGGAAAAUUAGUUGAAGCAAUUAAGGUUGAUGGGAAGGAUGAUUGGAUUUUUACUUCUAUUUUCCCGAAAACUGAGUGUGAUGUUUAUAACAAGUGUGGGGCAAAUGGAAUUUGUAACUACAAGGAAAAGCCAAUUUGCAGUUGUUUGAAAGGAUUUGAGCCGAAGAAUAAAGAGGAAUGGAACAGGGGUAUCUGGACUAGUGGAUGUGUCAGAAGGAAACUAUUGCAGUGUGAAAGGAUAAACAAAACUGGUGAAGUGGGAAAAGCAGAUGGGUUUUUGAAGAUGCCAACGAUGAAGGUGCCUGGCUUCGCAGAAUUGUCAUCUGCUUUAGAAAAUGAAUGCAGAGAUGGGUGCUUGAAUAAUUGCUCUUGCAUAGCUUAUGCUUAUGAUGUUGCCAUCCAUUGUAUGACAUGGACGGAAAACUUAACCGACAUUCAGAAAUUCACCAGGGAUGGGAUCAAUCUUUACAUUCGUUUAGCACAUUCGGAACUUGAUCAGAAAGACUUGACAGUAAUUAUUUUGGUACCACCGCUAGUAGGAAUCGUUACAAUUGCAAUAUGUACAUUUUUCUCAUGGAGGUGGAUGGCGAAGCGAAAAGCAAUGAAGGGAAAGAAGAAGAUGCUACAAGUUGAAAAAGGGGAAAGAUAUCUAAAAGAGUCUUCUGAAAACAUAGACCAAGCUGAUUUCCAGGACCUGCCAAUGUUCAAUUUUGAGGAGCUAAUGAAUGCAACAAGUAAUUUCGACUUAACCAAUAAACUUGGGCAGGGUGGUUUUGGUACAGUAUACAGGGGGAAGUUGAAAGAUGGAGUGGAAAUAGCAGUGAAACGGCUUUCAAACGCAUCUGGACAAGGACUUCAAGAGUUUAUGAAUGAGGUGGUGGUGAUUUCCAAACUCCAACAUAGAAAUCUUGUUAGGCUACUCGGAUGCUGCAUUGAAAGAGAAGAAAAGAUGCUGAUUUAUGAAUACAUGCCAAACAAAAGUUUGGAUUCUUUUCUCUUUGAUCCUCUCAAACAAAAACUUCUUGAUUGGAGAAAACGUUUCAUCAUCAUUGAAGGAAUAAGCCGAGGCCUCGUUUAUCUUCACAGAGACUCUCGAUUGCGAAUCAUACAUAGAGAUCUAAAAGCAAGCAACAUCUUGUUGGAUAAAGAGUUGAACCCAAAAAUUUCAGAUUUUGGUAUGGCAAGAAUUUUCGGAGGCAACCAAGAUCAAGCCAACACUUUAAGGGUUGUUGGGACAUAUGGUUACAUGUCCCCGGAAUAUGCAAUGCAAGGGCAAUUCUCCGAGAAAUCUGAUGUCUUUAGUUUUGGAGUAUUGUUAUUAGAGAUGAUUAGGGGCAGAAAAAACACAGGUUUUUACCAGGAAGAGUAUUCUUUGACUCUUCUAGGCUAUGCAUGGAAACUGUGGAAUGAAAACAACAUUGUCAAUUUUAUUGAUCCAGUGAUAUCUGGUCCAUGCUAUGAAUUGGAGAUCAUAAGAUGCAUUCAUGUGGGAUUGUUGUGUGUACAGGAGUUUGUGAAGGAUAGGCCAAACAUGUCAACUGUUUUAUCCAUGCUUAGUAGUGAAAUAGUUGAUCUUCCCCCUCCGAAGCAGCCAGCUUUCACAGUAAGGCAGAAUGCCUCUGAUUCUGAGUCGGGUCGACAGAGCCAGAAGAAUUGUUCAGUCAACAAUGUUACUGUGACUGUUAUCCAAGGCCGAUAGAGACCAAUUUUCUUAAGAGUAACAAGUUCAUGAGAAGCUGAAAUCUCAAAACCUUUUAGUUGCUUUAUGAUUUUUGAGGUAUCGUGUUGGUAUCUAGACAUUAAUUUUGAGAUGAUUUAACGUAAUAGAGUUACAUAUUUUACCAAAAGAAUUAUGUAGACUUGUACAUUGACUUGAAAAUCUGAACUUCAAUUGAAUUCCAAAAUA